UGCAGACGAGGAUGCCGCUUCAGUCACGAUCUGCUCUCAGGUCAGAAUGCAUUAGUUCUGACCGCUCACGGUCUGAACACACUGGACGUAAAGGAGCUGUGCAUUCUGCUUAUGCAGAGCGAUUACUCACUCCUGCCAGCGGUGUGUCAUUCGUAUAAUAAUGGCACGGGAGAAUACGGCCGCUGUCCGGACGCCGAGAACUGUAAGAGGCUCCACAUCUGCGAGAAAUAUCUGCGAGGCUCCUGCGACUGCACUCGCGCUCAUGACUUCUACGAGCCGCAUCCGCUGAAGACGCUGCAGGACAGAGGCGUCCCCACCGAACUCAUGGCCAUCAUGAAGGAUCUGUACUCCAACAUCGAAGUUCUGAGGCGUCUUUCCAAGGCAGCUUUUGCUCCAAACGCUGCGGGACCGAACCCCAGAAGAGGCCCGAAUGCACAGAACCGGAGACCGUCGAGUGGUUUUAACGCAGGCAGAGGACAAGAGGCUCAGAGGCCUCCACAAAACAACACAGAGAAAACGGAGAUCUGCAUGUAUUUCAUCAAAGGAUUCUGCAAGCACGGUGUCUCAUGUAGGGGGGAGCAUUCCAAUCUGCCCUAUAAAUGGGAAGUUAAAGAAGGAUUGGAAUGGAAGGCUCUUCCUGACAACGAGGCCAUCGAGAAAGAUUAUUGCGAUGCUGCAAGAACAUACAGCGCUGGAAUGAACCCGGUUUAUUUCGAUACGAUGACCCAAGGCUCUCACAGUGUGCGGCGUCUGUCGACGGUACCGUCGGUACUCCAGCCCACCUUCAUCCUGACCACCGAGUGGGUCUGGUACUGGGAGGACGAGGAUGGGAACUGGAUCCAGUAUGCUACAGCGGAGGGUGGUCAUAGAUUGUCUUCCAUUUCCAGCGCUGAACUCGAGCAGAAGUAUCAGGUUGAUAACAACGCUGUGGUGGAGUUCACAGCCGAAUCGCAGACGUACGAGCUCAGCUUCAAGGAUAUGAUCCAGACAAACAAACGCUACACAACCAAAAAAGUCGUCAGACGUCGUCCCAAAUUUGUGUCAGCGGCUGAUGUUCGAACAAUCAAGACAGCUAAAAGGACGCCCAAUAAUUUCAAGGCUCUGCCGGAGCACUGGGAUAAAGCUCUGACUCCUGAAACCGGAUACAAGAGUGUGUGGCUGCAGAGCACGUCAGCCGAAUACAUCAAAAUCAAAGAACUGUUCAGUCGCACCAUGGUCGGCUUCCGAAUCCUGAAGAUCGAGAGGAUCCAGAACAAAGCAUUAUGGGAAGUUUAUCAGUGGCAGAAGGACUUCUUGAAAAAGAACAACGGAGGCAGAGACGUGACCGAGAAGCAGCUCUUCCACGGCACCGACAGCACGCAUUUAGAUGCCAUCUGCCACAACAACUUCGACUGGAGGAUCUGUGGGACUCACGGCACGGCCUACGGAAAAGGUAGUUAUUUUGCCAGGGAUGCCAAAUACUCGCACAGCUACACCAAAGAUUUAGGCACUCGUUCCAUGUUCGUGUGUCGCAUUCUGGUUGGCAGCUACACCAAAGGUGAAUCCAGCUACCUCCGGCCUCCAUCCAAAGACGGAGGAGACACCGUCUUCUACGACAGCUGUGUGAACGAUGUCUUCGAUCCGUCCGUAUUUGUAGUGUUCGAAAAGCACCAGAUCUACCCCGAGUAUCUGAUUGAGUAUAGCAACUCCUCAAGUGCUUGUCCCUCACAAUCCUCUUCCUCAACUACUCCAAAGUCUUCAACGUCAGAGUGCAUCAUUUCCUGACCAUAUGAUCAUCAGGCAUCAUGCGAUCGCAUUGUGUGCUUUAGAGGAAGUUAAUAGUGAUAAUCAAAAGUAAAAAAAAUAAACGUUACAGAAAAGUGUCAUACUCUCAGGAGGUUAAAGUCACGAUGAAACGGGAGCAGCGACAGAUCUUUUCUUCUUUAUUGUGACAUGCAUCCAAAUGUAACAAAAUGUUGGGUGGGGCUUGGUUCUGUGCAUCAGUUGAUUGGAUGUUGAGAUGUGGGCGUGGCUCUAAAAGUGUAUGCAGAUGAGCGUGAGCUUGCACGGGCGGGGCUUACGUGGAGGAAAUGACUGGAAGAUUUUAUUAAAUAGUCAAAAUGUAAAAAGAAACGUGUACACGGAUGAAUUAUUAGAGCUAUAACAUGCAUUUGGAAAACGGACGGUGAAUUUUUAUUUCAUGCCAGCUUUGAUGGCAAUGUGUAAUUUGUCUUGAUCUUUACUUGGAUCUUUGUAAUAAUCUCAAUAUUUGAGAUACUUGUCACAGUGAAGCUUUCCAAUACAUAAGGAAAUAAAUUUUUUUCCCGUCAUAUUGACCUUUUCCUCAUAAUCCUCAAAUAUAGGCUACUUUUCCCUAAUAGAUGUGAAUGACUGAUUGAAAUAUCACUAUUUAUUUUUGUUUCCCAAACCAUUCAAUACCCGUGUCCC